UUUGUGGUGGAACCUUGUAUAACUUAUACUGCCUGUGUUGUAUAACUUAUACUGCCUUGUUAUGUUUAACAUUUCCUAUAUAAUAUGUUUUGUUAUGAAGGAUCCAUGUAAGGAUGGCAGCUUUUCUCCAUUUGCUACUAUAUUAUUUCUGGAUAGAGUGGUUAUAAUAUUGAAAGAAGACUGAUGACUUAAGCAACUACUAUGACUGUUCACUUACUCAUAUAACAGCACCAUUCUGAAUAAAGAAACACUCAGGAAUUUUUAAGCAUUUGGCUACCUUACUUUUUGCAAAAUGAAUCGUUAUACAACUCUGAAGCAACUUGGGGACGGAACCUAUGGCAGUGUUCUGAUGGGGAAGAGCAAUGAAUCAGGGGAGCUGGUGGCCAUCAAAAGAAUGAAAAGGAAGUUCUAUUCUUGGGAUGAAUGUAUGAAUCUGAGGGAAGUUAAGUCUCUGAAAAAACUUAAUCAUGCCAAUGUAAUAAAGCUGAAAGAAGUUAUUCGAGAAAAUGACCAUCUGUAUUUUGUGUUUGAAUAUAUGAAAGAAAAUCUGUAUCAGCUAAUGAAAGACAGAAAUAAACUCUUUCCCGAGUCUGUCAUCAGGAACAUUAUGUAUCAAAUAUUACAAGGGUUAGCUUUUAUCCAUAAACAUGGAUUUUUUCAUCGAGAUAUGAAACCUGAAAACCUUCUUUGUAUGGGUCCAGAACUUGUUAAAAUUGCUGAUUUUGGAUUGGCUAGAGAACUAAGAUCUCAGCCUCCAUACACAGAUUAUGUUUCUACCAGAUGGUAUCGCGCACCUGAAGUUUUAUUGAGAUCUUCUAUUUAUAGUUCCCCUAUUGACCUUUGGGCUGUUGGUAGCAUAAUGGCUGAAUUAUAUACACUCAGACCACUUUUUCCAGGAACAAGUGAAGUUGAUGAAAUUUUCAAAAUUUGCCAGGUGUUAGGAACACCAAAGAAGAGUGAUUGGCCAGAAGGUUACCAGCUUGCUGCUGCAAUGAAUUUCCGAUUCCCUCAGUGUGUUUCAAUAAAUCUAAAGACUCUCAUUCCAAAUGCCAGCAGUGAGGCAUUGUUUCUCAUGAAUGAAAUGUUAAACUGGGAUCCAAAGAAACGACCUACAGCGAGUCAGGCAUUGAAGUUUCCUUACUUUCAAGUGGGCCAGGUUUUAGGACCCCCUCCACAAUUCAUCAAUCAGAAACAGCCAUAUCCCAAGUUAACAGAACGGAAACCAUCUCUGCCCAAACUUGAACAUAUACCAAAAUUAGAAGCUGUAUCUGGGCCAGAAUCUCAGUCUUCGCUAGAUGUAACUGAUAAGCUUCAGUGUCUGCCCAAGAAUAACCAACAUCCCCUCCAGUCAAUCCAGCUGCCUCAGAAUGCAGUGAAUCAGCAACCGUCAGUACAGCAACAGCCUCAGACAUUCUUUCCAGCCAUCAGUAAAAACUCAAUAUCAAAACACAUAGCCAUAGGACCCUCAAAUGGUGCAAUGGGUAUGAAAAAUAAUCGACGCCGGUGGGGUCAAACUAUGUUAAAGACAUUGGAUAGUUGGGAUGAUUUUGAUGAUACAGAAUUUGGAAUUUCUUAUUUUAAGAAGCCUAGCAUUGUGGUGUUAAAUGAAAAGAAAACAAAAGAAUCACUUUUUAGCGUUCCUGAGUCUAAGUCUCCUACCUCUGGCAGGUCAGGAGAAAAUAAAGUUCUGAAGAGAAACGACUCUGGAAUAUCAACUACUUCGGCAAAACAGUACUAUUUGAAACAAUCAAGAUACGUUCCUGGUGUAAAUCCUAAGAAUGUUUCCUCAGGAGCGGCCACUAAAGAAAGAAUCCAUGGUACUUGCAACAAUCCUUUGUUUUCAAAAUCAAUAGCACCAAUUGGAGGUCUCUCUUUCAAUCAGGUUAAUGCAGAAGAAAAAUUAAUUAAACCAAUUGAAAAACUCUCAUGCAAAGAAAGAGUGAAUGAAAAAUUAGAGGAUCCCAAAGGUAAUGAAUGGCAUUUACCUGUAACGUGAUUUAUUUCCUUUCAG